GGGGUGUUGCAGUGCAGCUGCCUGCUGGCAGCCCAACCGGGAACCGGUGGGAGAAGCAUGGGGGAAAUGCAGGUAAGAAUCUCCCGGCGUUUGCUGUGGAGUUGGAGGAGGGGGGCUGCAGAUCCCCCUGCCCUACCAGCCGUCCUGGCAUCGUGCUGCGGGCCGGCAGACGUUGCCCUUUUGCUCCCGUGCUGCCCAUCUUGCUUGCGGUUGGCUCGUGGCAGCGUUUGCAGCGCGAGCACGUGGCAGCAGUGGCACAGGGAUGCCAUUCUCCCUGCAGCUGCGGUCAGAAGAGCGGCUGCUUGGCUGUGCUGGGAGAAGAUGUCACUCAAAUAGCUGUGGGAGGUUUAUCAGCUCUUGAGGAGACUUUCCCUCGUGUGCACACUUGCACCACUGAAAGCUGGCACAGUGGUGGAGGAAAAUGGAGCUCGGAGAUCUCCCGGUGUUUGCCUCUGCAGAAUUGAACAGUACAACAGUCACCCUGGCUUUACUGGCCGUAUUCACGGUUCUUCUGUACUGGUACUCCACCUCAGCCUUCUCCAAACUAAGCAAAGUGGGAAUCAGACAUCCCCCACCUCUUCCCUUCAUUGGAAACCUGCUCUUUUUCCGUGAGGGCUUUUGGGAAAACCACACAAAACUCAUAACGGAGUAUGGACCUGUAUGCGGAUACUAUAUUGGUCGCCAGAUGUUUGUGGUGAUCUCCACACCCGAGGUGAUCAAGCAGAUCUUAGUGACAGACUUCGGUAACUUCACCAACAGAACUAAGCCGAACUUGAUUUCCAAGCCAAUGCUUGACAGCAUCCUUUGUCUUCGUGAUGAGAGAUGGAAGUAUGUCCGGAGCCUGCUGACCCCAGCCUUCAGUGAUGCCAAACUGAAAGAGAUGAUACCGCUAAUAAACCAGGCCUGUGAUGUCCUGCUGAGUAACUUGAAAGUCUAUGCAGAUUCUGGCAGAGCUUUUGAUAUCCAAAGGUGUUACAACUGCUUUACUUUGGAUGUUGUUGGUAGUGUAGCUUUUGGUACUGAGGUGGACUCUCAGAAGAACCCUGAUGACCCCUUUGUUAAGAAUUGCAGAACAUUCUUUGAGAUGUCUUUGUUUAAGCCUCUUCUCUUUCUUAUCCUUUCUUUCCCAUUCAUAAUGAUCCCAUUGCUUCGGAUUCUGCCAAACAAGAAACAAAAGGAACUGAAUGGAUUUUUUAUUCAAACUAUAAAAAAUGCAAUUGCCUUCAGAGACCAGCAAGAUGCAGCUGAGAGGCGCAGAGAUUUUCUCCAGUGGAUGCUUGACUCCCGCAACUCAGCUGAGGCCUUGGCAGGUGGAUAUUUUGAUCAGAUCUGUCCAGCCACCACUUCCAGCCAUAAUGAGGUGCCUCUUGUUGACAAGACCCCAUCUGAAAAGGCUCAGAAGAUGCUAACCGAGGAUGAGAUAGCAGGCCAAGCUUUUCUCUUCCUGAUUGCUGGGUAUGAGACCACCACUAGCACACUGUCCUUUGCCACAUACUUGCUAGCAACCAACCCGGAGUGCCAGGAGAAGCUGCUUCAGGAGAUAGAUGAGUUCUCAGCAAAACACAUGAUCACCGAUUAUCAAAAUGUACAGGAGCUCCCUUACCUGGACAUGGUGAUUGCAGAGACAUUACGCAUGUUUCCACCUGCAUUCAGGUUCACUCGGGAAGCAGCUAAGGACUGUGUGGUGCUGGGACAGCGUAUUCCUGCAGGGGCUGUCAUUGAAACUGCAGUUGGACAUCUCCACCACAACCCAGAGUUCUGGCCAGAGCCAGAGAAAUUCAUUCCUGAAAGGUUUACAGAGGAGGCCAAGAAGGAGCGACAUCCCUUUGCAUAUCUACCCUUUGGAGCGGGACCCCGUGGCUGUAUUGGUAGGAAGAUGGGUUUGCUGGCGACAAAAAUGACUCUGCUGAGGAUUUUGCAGAUGUUUCGGUUUAAGACCUGCCCAGAAACUGAGAUUCCUUUGCAGCUGAAAUCGAAAGCCACACUUGGACCAAAAAAUGGAGUCUACAUUAUCCUAGAAUCUCGCUAAAAGAGAAUGUACAUCCUGUAACCUCCUGGAAUGGGACCUCUUGUUUAAUGACUUAUUGAAUAUUAUUAGUUUUCAAAUACCCAAAGACAGGUAGGAACCUGAGUCCCACUGAAGGUCAGCAGAUGCUGCCUAACUGCCACCUUGUGGGAGAGGUUCAAGUCACUUUUUAAAAUGAGAUGUGGGCUUCACAAUCACUUGAUGGUUUUUGAAUUGCUGUGAAUAAUAUCUGUAAAGAAACGCAUGACUUUUGCUGGCUUUUCUAAUUACACUUCCUUUCACUCUUCUUAUAGAAGGCUUUCUCCAUGCUUUAGUUCAAUGGAUGGAGCAGGUGUUAAGUGUACACUAGAUUUACGAUAGGUUUUAAUUACCAUUCAUUAGCUAGUACAUUUUGCUGAUGCACUUAUAAACCCAUGCUUUAGAAAAAGCCCAAGAGACACCACAGUUAUAGCAGAAGAGUUGGAAUCCAGAGCAUUGGAUUUUAUCCUGAACUCUGCUAAAAAUCAAAGCUGGAUCUCCUGCACAAUACUUAACCUCUCCUUGUUCCUGUAAAGUAGAAAAGGCGGUAUCUUCUUCAUGCUUUCUAAGUGUUCUGAAAUACACUUAGAUUAACAAUUUGCACUUGGCUCAUUGCAUCAACAUGCCUGAAGAAGAAUGAAGAGUUCCCCCAGUUGCCUGUUGGAUUCCAGUAACUAAGACCAAAAAAGUGAGGUGAUAACUGUUUUGCUAGUUAACAACUGCUGUUGGAAAGGUUGACAAAAGUAAGGCAUGAAUUUAAAGGAAGCAAGAGGAUUGGAGAAGCUUUAAGGAUAUUCAGAUGAUGUUGGUAUAUCUGCCUCACUGCUCUGAGGCCUAUACUUUCCAAGCAUUGCAGUUGACACCCUUAUCUCAUUGAAUCGAGGGUUUGGCAUGCACUAAAGCCGAUGGCCAGGGAGUGGGAUCCAGGAUCAUCAAUCCCAGCAGUUCUCUUGGCUACUUAUGUGACCCUGCAACAAGUCAUGUCCCAAGUGCUAAGUGAUGUUCUGUGCUAGAGGUUUCCUUAAGUACAGCGUUUCUCUUGGUGGGAUGCACAGAGAAGUGUCGUGGCAGUGGUGCGAAGAGACCGACUGCUCAGCUUCCCUGCAGGGAUUGCUGGAAGCUGCCAUCUGUUUGCUGCUCCCUAGCUGUAGUUCCUCUCCAGCAUGCAUCUUUUGCUGCCGCCUUCACACAUGCUGCCUUCACACUGAUCAAAUUGCUGUGUCUCAUUCCUGAAAGAUUUUGUCUUUUUUUUUUUCUUUUAUGGGAUUUCUUUUUUAAUCAGAUGUGUACAGGUAACAGUGAAGUACUGUCCUGGCAAUUGUGGAAUUGUUCCUAUUUAUGGGGAGUAUCUCUGGUAGGCUAACCAGAAGUGCCCUAUUACAGGUUAUGAAUUACUGAUGGAGUAACUAUUAUUUGAAAAGCAACAGACUGUAUAUGCCUUAAUUUCUACAAGUUAUCCAUCACCUUUUCCUCUUGAAAGCAGUGUACUGCCAGCUGAUUUACUGUGCAGCUUAUAGAUACAAGUGGCAAAAAGUUGGACAGUCCUUGUAUGGUCUGUUGUUAUCUGAACACUGCUUAUCUAACCUGCUUAUCAGAAUCCUGUUUGUAUCCUUGGUGCUUAUCUGAGAGCUCCACUCACGUGUACGGCAGCUGAACAGCUCACGUUGCUGUGGCUGAACAGCAUUGUCAUCGUGAAUGCCAUGUUAACUCUGCUGGGAGAAAAACAGUGCUGCAGUGGCUGCAACUGUGCAUCACAUUUUACAGGCUUGGAAAUUGCACUCAGAAUUUUUCCCUGCUGCUUCUAAAUUGAACAGACAGUACACAAGCAACUAAACUCAGCUGAGCUGAUACAGUCAGCAGACACUGUGCGGCCUUCCACUGUACCAGAAUGCUUAACGAUGCUGCUCCUGUGCUGGGCUUAGCCACAUGCUGCUGGAGGAACGGUGCUGCUCUGGUCCCUGGGAGCACCCACUCAGUGUUUGCAAAAAGUGAGACAUGAGACUGCCAGCAGCUCUCCAAAAGAGAAACAGGUAACAGCACAGUAACCACAGGCAUAAGGAAGUUGAUGUAAAAUAAUUUUUUCUCCUUGGUACCUGUAAGUGUGUUGUAUUGCUCAGCUGUGGGUAUGUUUAAAACUGGGCAUGUCUGCUUUACAAGAAGCUAUUUGUCAUUCUCUGAGAGGUGAUAUGAAGGAAAGCAUCUAUUAAAACCAUCUUCUGGGACUUUGCAACGAUUACUGAAAUAAGUCAGUACAAAAUAGUAUUUAUAACGACUGCUGCAAUGAUAGAAAGCCUUUACAGUUUUGUACUUUUGUUAGGUUUUAUACUUCAGUCUAUUUGGAGUCAGGCAUUAGAAAUUACUAUGCUGGGCCGAUUGCAAAUGUGAAUGCUCUAUUCUACUUGGCAUUAAACAACAGAAUUUCCUCCA